GCCACAGCGACAGUCCCGUGUGUCACGCGCUACGCCGACCGACAGUUACGGUGCGUUUCGUCUGCGAUAUUCGUAUUUCGUUUCGUGUUUUAUUAUUUUUUUUCCCAUCGAAAACGUUUUAUAAUUAAAUUUUUUUUGUCCUUUUUCGCGAUCCGAGCCUGUAAAUGUUCCGUUCGCGUUCCAAAGGUUCGCUGUUCGUUUAAUAACCGGGAAUUGAAUUUGUGCGUGUGCGCUGGUGCGUCUACAGCGGAAACGACGGUUGGAAAAUCCACGUUUUUUUCAACUUGUGCAAGCCAUGUUUAAAUGUUUUCCGAUAAGCGGCUUUCUUUCAUCGUACACUGUCAGGCAUAAGCAAUAUGGCGGAUGUGUUUUCCAAUGCCGAUUCAUGUCGAUGCGAUAAAACGAAUUGUUUUGUGUUUCGAAAAUGAUCGUGUGGACAGGCUUGCGAUAUACAAUGCAGUGGUUUGUGGUUCUUGUGCUGUUGCUUGCGUACCGUUUGGGACCUGCCAAUUCAUUCAGUUAUCAUGAAUGCAACAAUUCGCUGGGGAUGGAAUCUGGCAAAAUAUUAGAUUCAGACAUAGCUUCUAGUUCUUCUUAUGACUAUGGAACUGGACCGCAAAGGGGAAGACUGAAAUAUGAAGGUAGCGGUGGCGCUUGGUGUCCGAAGGGUAUGAUAUCGAACGAUGGUCGACAGUAUUUGGAGGUGAAUCUGCAGGGUUUGCACGCGGUUACAGCCAUCAAAAGCCAAGGUCGAUACGGCAAUGGGUCCGGCAAAGAGUUCGUCGAAGAAAUUAUGAUAGACUAUUGGCGGCCAGGUUCCAAUAAGUGGACGCGGUGGAGAGGCAGAGACGGUAAACAGGUUUUGCAAGCGAACAGGGACACGAAUACAAUAGUAGACCGAUCUUUGGUGCCAGCAAUCAUAGCAUCGAAAAUCCGUUUAGUGCCUUACAGCGGACAGCCACGUAUGGUUUGCCUUCGAGCUGAGAUUAUCGGUUGUUAUCAUUACGAAGGUGUAAUCAGCUAUUCGGUAAUACAGGGUGAUGUAAAAGACACGGGUUACGACGGUCGUGAGGAAGGAGGUAUAUUGGUCGGCGGUAUAGGACAACUCUGCGACGGUCGAUACGGAAUUGAUGAACCAUUCGUGAAAAAAUACAACGAAUGGGUAGGAUGGAAAAACGAUACUAUGGGCUAUGGGUCAUCAGUAGAAAUGACUUUCGAGUUUGACAUCGUCAGGAACUUCACCGCCUUGUACAUGCACUCCAACAAUGACUUUCGUCAAGGCGUACAAGUUUUUUCGCAUGCCAAAGCCUAUUUCAGUGUCGGAGGCGAACACUUCUUUCCUGAACCCGUGUCGUACACUUACCCAGCGGACACCAUCAUGCCCGAGGCCAGAAACGUCACGGUGAAACUUCACCACCGGACCGGCAGGUUCCUCAAAUUACAACUGUUUUUCGCCAACAAAUGGAUGAUGAUCAGCGAGAUAUCGUUCGAAUCGGUUGUAAUGCCCGGAAUUUGGCCUCCCGAAGAAGCGGAGGAGCCGAUUUUCUUCCCGAAUGACAAUAGCGUCAAGUCAAACAACGGAGGCAACGAAUUACAAAGGGACGAAGUUAAAUCGGCCGACCAUAAAGAAGAGAGAAACACACCUGUUGGAGGUUUACCUCAGCACACCAAAAACCGGAACGAUGGCGUGACUGGCAGUGGCGGCCACCGUCUGAUAAGUCUACUAGUGGGUGCACUAUCCGCGGCCACCGUACUGGCCGGUGCGUCAGUGGCGUUCGUGAUGGUCCGCCGACGUCGGUUAAUCCAGCAAGUAUCCCGCCAGAGUAGAAGCUCGUCGUUCCAAGACUGCGCGGAUGACAAACCACAUCUGCCACCGGCCAUACACCUGACGGAACUACCAGUGCGAGUGAACGCCAACGGACACGUAUACGGUCAAGUAGACUUGGACGACGACUCGGACAAGAGCAAUAGCAAUUACCAAAGGCCGUACGGUGUGACACGCCGACCAUCGGUUCUCUUAAGUCCCGAUUACACGGAUGUUCGGGACAUCGUCGCCCAAGAAGAAUACGCCAUACCACACGUACGGCGGUCGACGUCAAAAACGUUAACACUGCACAAAAGUCAGAUGUCCGUACACGACGACACGUUGCCGCGCCAUCACCAGACGCUGGAAAAGUAUUACGCCGCAUCGGAUAUUUGCCAAGUGAAUAUACCCCCGCCACCCCGUUCGCCGCCACCAACGUCGUCCAGAUCGAGUAGCAGCCGGGGAGGAGGUGCCAGCAAUGCGUCCACUUGUCCACUGACCAGGUCCGACGAUACGCUUUGUCAGUUACCGCCAGAAAUUCCCCGGGAAUACCUGGGCGUCGUUCAAACACUGACCAAGACCCAUUUUGGAGAGGUCCAUUUAUGUGAAAUGAAAACGCCACCUGACGAAAUUCUACAGCCAGCAGCGACGUCGUCAGUCAAUAAGACGUGCAAGUUGGUCACCGUUAAGUCACUGAGAAAAGGCGUGUCCGAAUCGACCAAACACGAUUUUUACGACGAAGUAGAAUCGCUGUGGAAAAUCAGAGAUCCGAAUAUCACUAGAGUACUGGGAUGCUGUCUUACUGAGGAACCAUUCUGUUUAAUAACCGAAUUUAUGCAACACGGCGAUCUGAAUCAAUUUCUUCAAGAACACAUCGCCCUGACCGCUGCACCUAUACCGCCAUACGCGAAAACCUUAAGUUAUGGAUGUCUAAUACACAUGGCCACCCAGAUAGCUUCGGGAAUGAAAUAUUUAGAGGUCAUAAAUUUUGUUCAUCGCGAUUUGGCUGCGAGAAACUGUUUGGUCGGCCCCAAUUACACGGUAAAAGUAUCCAAUAUGAGUCUGAGCAAAAGUGUAUAUUCAGCGGACUAUUUUGACUUUGAGGGGAGGCCUUCGCUGCCGAUCCGCUGGAUGUCAUGGGAGAGCAUACUAUUGAACAAAUACACACCGAGAAGUGACGUUUGGUCGUUUGCCGUCACGUUGUGGGAAAUACUGACGUUCGCCCGAGAACAACCGUAUGAAGAGCUUAGCGACCAGCAUGUCAUCGACAAUGUCACCAGAUUGUACCAGAACGACGGCAAUUUUAUCCUAUUACCUCAGCCCAUCAAUUGCCCGAAAGACAUUUACGAUCUCAUGUGCGAGUGUUGGCAGAGGGACGAUAAAAGUCGUCCAAAUUUCCGAGAAAUACAAUUAUUCUUACAGCGGAAAAAUUUGGGAUACAAGCCCGAAUGUGACCCUUAAAAUAUAAGCCUAUAGAAUCAUAACAAUGUGUUUGUUUAAAGCUUUACUAUACCUACUAUACAUAUUUUAUAUACAUGUACUUACAUAUAUUUUGAAUUCCGGGCUCGUAUUUCGUUACCUAACCUAUGUAUUUUUUUACGCGUAUAUUAUAAACGAUUGUAUAUGUAAUAUUUUGUUAUAAAAUGUAAAUAUCAUUUUUACCGAGUUUUUGAAUAAUUUAAGUUUUACGUAUAAUUUUUAGCAUUAUCAUACGAAAUAUCGCUUCCAGGCAUAUUGACUAGGCAUUAUAGUGAGACUAAGAACGGUGAUCGCCGGACCUAUUGUAUUUUUGUAUACAGUUGGCGAUCACCGUAAAAUAUUAUAAUUAACGUGUGUAACAUAUUUAGUGGUAAAAUACAUUUUUCAUAAGUGUUAAUUAGAAUCGAUCGAUCGUGUAGUUGUCGUCAUAGGUAUAUAGUGUAUAACAGUAAUUUAUAGUUUUGAACCAAUUAUAAUACACAAUAGUUGUAUCCAUAUAUAACAUAAUAACGUUCACGAACAUGUAUAGGCUCUCGUCACUAUAUUUUAGUAUUUUGCAAAGUAUACAGCGCUGUAUACAUUACAUUAUACUGUAUUAAUAUAUAAAAUCAAAAUAUAGAUUAACGUCCUUCAUUGAAAUAAUUUAUCGAUGAACUUAGUUGUUACAAUAUAAUAUACUUUGGUACCCCGUUAAAACACUCCGAUACACUAUUCUUCGUAGUUGCCGGAUACAUCGUAACUAGAAUAAGAACAAUUAUUCUUAAAUUAGCAUAAAAAAAGUAAUUAUUCCCUUAAAAAUAUAAAGAAAAAACGUAUAAUAAAAAUUGUCAAUUUUUUUUUUAGAAUAAAUCAAAAGACUAUAUGUUAUUCAAAAUGAUAAUAUUUACUUUUGAGUUUUUGACGUAUAUAUAUAUAUAUGUGUGUGUGUGUGUGUGUGUGUGUGUUUGAAUUGUAUGAGUACAUCGUACGCUUAAUAAUAUUUUGAUAACUGUAUAAAAAAAUGCUCGUGUCAUUUUAAUAUGUGUAUACUGUACAUUAUACGUUAUUAUAAACGGGUUGGAAAAUAUACCAACGAUUAUCAAUAUAAUAUAAUACAUAACAUUAAGGGAAGACGAUAUCACAAUGGUAUUAACGUACUAGUUAUAUCAAAUUACGAUAUCAUGUUUUCAAUUGUUAACAUUAAGACGUUUCUUCAUAUCUUUUUUGAGACGGUGGUUUUCGAUGUGAACACUGUGUGCCGUGAUAAUAUAUAUAUAUUUAUAUUUUUUUUUCUUACAAUUUGCUCUAAAUGUUUUAUUUUAACGUCUAUUACGUUAAAACGUAUCGUAUUAAUCGUAUGUAAAUUAUUACGUUUAUCAGUUAUUUGUAUUUUAACGCAUAACUAUAAUAUUAAAUUAUAGAAUAUAUAAUUAAUGAUAUUAUUAUGUUUAAUGUAUAAAUCGUAUUUAUGGUGCUAAAAUCGAUAUAUCACACGUACGCGCAUUUGACGUACGUAAACAUAAAAAUAGCUUGGCAAAUAUAAAUUGGAUAUUUUUAUUCGCCCAGAUGGAUUUACUAUUUUUUUUUCUUUCGUUCCGGUACUCUAUUUGUCAUUUUUAUAAUAUUUUACACGAAUCAUAAUUUUUAAAUGUUAACUAUUAAGGACAACAAUUGAUUAAAAACUAUACCAUACUCAUACUAUCAAUAAUACUACUAUUACAUUACUAACACCACGAAUAUAACUUUAACUACUUACCACUACUAUUACUACAACUAAUUAACAAUUACUAUACAAAUACGUACGUUACUAUUAUAGUUAUUAUAUCAUAUUAUGUAAUGCAGUUAGGUAUCUACAUAGGUAUGUCGUUGUUCGAUUUUCGUGUAAUCCAAUUAUUAUUAUAACGAAUAUAGUAUCUAGUCAUUUAACGUUAUCAUUAGUCCUAUAUAAUAUAUUUGAUUGAUAUUAUUUUCAUAAACGUAUAUUAUAUUAUAUAUUAAUUAUUGUAUAAGGGAAAUUAAAAAUAAGUUUUAUAAUAAAAGUGUGACUCAUAUAAUAUUAUAAUCAUAAAAAAAAUGAUCUAUAUAUAUAUAUAUGUAUAAUAUUAUUAAAAUGUAUAGAAGCUCAGGGUCACUGAAAUAUGGUAGUUAUAGAGAUAGACUAUAGUAAGUAACAUGUCAAAAUCACACUAUUAACAUAUUUAUAAUAGUAUUACUCGUCCAUAAAGGAAAAACAUUCAUGAGAAAAUAAGAGGUUGUUAAUAUUAUAUAACAUGUUCUGCAUAUGUAUUGUUUCAUUGUCUCAUUUUGGAAAAUGAAUUUAUAAAUAUUACUGAAUUUACUGUGUUUUUUUUUUUUUUUUAUCAAAAGCUAUCAUUGAACUAUUGAUGUAAACUGCUUUUAAUGUUAAUGCUACUAUUUGUGAAUUAAAAAAAAAUAUAUAUGUAAUUUUUAAGUUUAUAUUAUACAUAAUAUUAUAUAUUCUAUUCUAUACACAGUGAAAGUAUAUAGGUACCUAUAGUUUGCAGUACAUAUUAUAAUAGUCGGUCUUAUUAAAAAUGCUUUAUGUAAUAAAAUAAGAAACUAUUAUUUGUUUGUGAUUAGAAGAUAUACGAGAUAUGCUCACGUAGUGAAUUUAAUAUUUUAACAAUUUAAAUAAUGUAAAUGAUACAAAAGUCCGUAUUGUAAUGAAAAUAUGUUCAACGUUGUAAAACCAUAAGAAAAAGAAAGUAUCCUAUCACUGUUUUCGAUUAAUUUUUUUUGUUAUUUUAAGCAUUUAAUUAAUUUGUCUUACUCGUGUACGGUUUUUAUUCUCAGAUUGUCGUGGUAAUCAUUGACUCGCGUCCGAAAAAUAAAUGAUAUUGAUAUUA